ACCAGGCUAAGUUAACCGAGCCAUUGUGAUAACAGCCUAGCUUUAGCUAAAACAGUCUGUUAUUGAACGUUUUAUUUAUAUAUAUUUAUAUAGACUUUUUAUGUAUAUAUAUAUAUAUAUAUAUAUGGACAUGUGUAUAUAUAUUUGCGCUCGUGCUCCUUGCACAGUGUAUAUAACUGUAAUAAAGCAGUGGCGCAUGUGUGGUAGGACAUCUUUAGCUCAGAGGCUGGUUUGUAACCUGGACCAACAGUGUAGAAAUGUCUCCAGAUCUACUUUCUUCUUUAACUGAAACACUAACUUAAUUGCAAAAGGAAAUUAGACCUUUCAGGUGUCGGAUAUGAAUGAAUUAGUUAAUUAAUUGAUGAGCUCCUAGCUCACCUGUAAUACAAGGAUUACAACAUGUCUUGACUUCCAACUGAAGAUUUCACUGAGAACAAUUAGUUGUGAUGAACUUUUUUUUUGUUUGUUUUUGUUUUGUUUUUUUUUGUCGUGUAGUCAUGUAGUGAAUAAAAAAGUUUGUAAUAAUCAAAAUAAAAUAAAAAAAAAUAAUCGUCAAGUUCAAGCUCAAAGUUCAUGUGCCAGUUAAUGAGCUGGCUACAUGUUUACUUCUGGUCUUAUCUCAUCAUGAUAGCAGCGACAGUUUGUUCCUGGACUGCUGAAAAUGUAUAAACUUCUGCCAAGCGAAUACCAGAAAUAAUAUCGCGCACCUUCCUGUACCUGAAGUUCCUGCUCGUGUGGGCCCUGGUGCUGCUGGCAGACUUUGUCCUGGAGUUUCGCUUCGAGUACUUGUGGCCUUUCUGGCUCUUUAUCAGGAGUGUGUAUGACUCCUUUAGGUACCAGGGACUGGCGUUCUCGGUGUUUUUUGUUUGCGUUACAUUCACGUCAGACAUCAUCUGCCUGCUGUUCAUCCCUAUGCAAUGGCUCUUUUUCGCCGCCAGCACUUACGUGUGGGUACAAUACGUAUGGCACACGGAGCGAGGUGUAUGUCUACCCACGGUCUCUCUCUGGAUUCUCUUCGUCUAUAUCGAAGCAGCCAUCCGAUUCAAAGACCUGAAAAAUUUCCACGUGGGCCUGUGCCGUCCUUUUGCCGCUCACUGCAUCGGCUACCCGGUGGUGACGCUGGGCUUCGGCUUUAAGAGCUACGUGAGCUAUAAGAUGCGCCUGCGGAAGCAGAAGGAGGUGCAGAAGGAGAACGAGUUCUACAUGCAGCUCCUGCAGCAAGCCCUGCCUCUAGAACAGCAGAUGCUCCAGAGGCAGGAGAGGGAGGCUGAGGAAGGCGCGUCUAAAUCGAUGAUGGAAGCAGAGCCGACGCUUUUGGCUCAGAACGGCACCAAGAAGCUGCCCAUCUCUUUCCCCGAGCUGGAGCAGCGGGCCAAGAAACAGCACCAGCACAGCAUAGGAAUAAACAACAACAUCCUACACACUGUGGAGUCGAAGCUGCAGGACAUUGAGUACAUGGAGAACUAUCCGAGCAGCAAGAGACUGAACAACGAGCUGAACGGCUGCGCGGAGGACGCGGGUGGCACAGACGCGAGCUCCGCCUCCUCCUCCAGACAUUACAAAAAUUCCUCCCCACGCAGCCACAGCUCCACCAAUGGCAGUGUGCCAUCCUCGUCCAAUAGGAACGAGAGGAAGCAGAAGGGCGUAGGGAAGAACGCCCAUCGAGAGCUGAUGGAGAACUGUAUACCCAACAACCAGCUCAGUAAACCGGACGCUUUAGUGCGUCUGGAACAGGACGUAAAGAAGCUGAAGGCGGAUCUGCAGGCGAGCCGCCAGCUGGAGCAGGAGCUGCGCUCUCAGAUCAACUCUCUGAACAGUGCCGAGAGGACCACUCGCUCAGAGCUCAGCCAGCUCCGCCACGAAAACGAGCUGCUCCAGAACAAGCUUCAUAACGCAGUGCAGUCCAAGCAGAAGGAAAAGCAGACCAUCACUCAGCUGGAGAAGCGGCUGAAGUCCGAGCAAGACGCACGGUCCGUGGCUGAGAAACAGCUAAACGAGGAGAAAAAGAGGAAAAAGGUGGAGGAGGCGAUGGCUGCACGGGCUGUCGCUCUCACUGCUGCGUCCAGUAGAGGCGAGUGCACAGACUCCCUGAGGAGUCGAAUUCGAGAGCUGGAAUCCGAAUGUAAGAAGCUCUCCCACGACCUGAUGUUUAAAGAGGAGCAGAUCCAAGAGCUGGAGGGUAAAGUGCAGGAACUGCACAAGUACAAAGAGAAUGAGAAGGACACGGAGGUCCUCAUGUUGGCACUGUCGGCCAUGCAGGAUAAAACGCAGCACCUGGAGAACAGCUUGAGUGCCGAGACCAGGAUCAAGCUGGAUCUCUUCUCAGCAUUAGGAGAUGCCAAAAGGCAGCUCGAGAUUGCACAAGGUCAAAUUUUGCAGAAGGAACAGGAGAUCAAGGAGCUGAAGCAAAAGAUAGCCGAGGUCAUGGCCGUCAUGCCCAGCAUCGCAUAUUCGUCUGACUCCAACAGCAUGCCUCCUAUUUCACCUCACUACUCGUCGAAGUUUAUGGACACGAGUCCAUCCAGCCUGGACCCCAAUGCAUCCGUCUAUCAGCCGCUUAAAUAAUGACCCCCGGUUUUGUUUAUUAUUUUGUUUUUUCGUUUUUCUGAAUUGACCAGGAUCAGUAUGCAUACCUCCUUAAGAGUGUUGUUGUUUUUUGUUGUUUUAAAAUCCCCAUGUCCUUUCAGUAAUUUGUAAUGUGGUGUUGAUUUAAACUACAGGAGAAAAAGGAAAGGUUCUAGAUUAAGAGCACUUGGUUUGUAUUUUAGGAUUGUUCAGUUAAGGUACUAUGGCCUACUUUUAAUGCAGUUUUGUCUUGCUGCAUUUUUGUGUUAAAUAUAAAUGCCAGCACGAAUGGCACGGUUUUGUGUUAGAAAACAAUGAAUACUUCACAUUGAAUCAUUUGACCAUAAAAGAAGAGUGAGUAUUCAUGAGGCGUUGCCUGAAACAUGUUUCCAUUUAAUUAUAACCAUGGUGUUACCAUUUCUCUUGGAACCAAGGUGCUGUAAUUGGUCGUUUCUGGUUUUCCUUGGGGAAAAUUUCAAUACUUUUAUUCUUUCCCGAAGCAUCCUGAAUGUUUUCAUGCGCCCGUGUUGAGGACGAGGUUCAGAGGAGACUGAUUUUUGAUGGAUUUGUUAAUUAUAUGCUGCAUAAACAUUUUGCGAAUACAUAUUGUAUUUUGCCAUCAAAGCAACUCCUCUUUGUAACCGGACCAAAACUGAAAUUUAGCUUGUAUGCAGAAACAUAUACAAGGUAGGGAUAGCUGAUCAAUUUCCAGUCAUUGUUUUAAUGCAGUGCCUUGAAUUAUUAUUAUUAUUAUUAUUAUUUUUUAAUUUUUUUUUUCAGUUUGGAGUAAUUACGUUUAAUUCAUGACCUGGACUGGCAUAUCUGGCAUCUUCACCCACAAAAGAACAUUAUAAAACUAGGGUCAUAAAAUAUUCAAAUUUAAUUGUUCCCUUGUCAAUUUUAUUUAUUUUUUUUAAUCCCCCUCCCCCCCCAGGAAAAGUAUUUCUGUGGAUUGUAAUGGAAUUGUACCUUCUCAUUUUUUUGUUUGUUCUUUUAUUUGUUUGUUUUUUUGGGGGGUGUGUAGGGGACUUUGUGUUGAGUAAAGACUAUAGCACUUGUA